CCUUCCCCCCUCGCUAUCUUCUUUCUUUCCUCCUCGCAUCGACCUGCUUCGUCGCCCUCGACGAUGCCAGCGCAGCCCUUGGUGCCUCCGCCCGAGCCCGAUCCGCACGCGCUGGAGUCGCUCGAUGACCUUAUCUCACGAAGAGAACAAGAUGCUCGGCGGGAGCAGUCGGAAUCUGUAGAUCCAAGCGCCGUUCCAGCGUCUCCCGCUCGCCGCGAUAUCGCGGGUCCUCGCAGCCCACUAAUUACUACGGAAGAGGGAGCAGGCUCGAGCGCUAUCGUCACAUCUCCUAUAACGUCGCCCAUCAGCGGUACAGGGGCUCACAACGGUGACUCUGCGUUUUCUUCACGGACUGUGCCGCGAGACGAGAGGCGAUGGAACGGCUUCCAUCUCUGGAGGACCGAGUCGUACAAUCUUCGAGCCGCCAGGCAGCGUGCCGCACUCGAGGCGCAAAGGCUCGCAGAGAGGGGCAGCUGGAUCAAAAGAGCGGCAAAUGUCGUCACUGCGCGUGUGGGCACCUGGCUCGGGAGCGCAUGCAGAGGCGUGAGGGGAGACAGGGGCCAGGACGAAGACGACGGCGAAGAACAGAAGGGCUCCGACACCACGAGAAUGAUGUUGCUUACGCUGGUCAUUGCGGGCGCGCAAAUGGCUUGGACGCUCGAAUUCGGCUACGGAACGCCAUACUUGCUUUCGCUGGGCCUGUCAAAGUCGGCCACGUCGCUCGUCUGGAUCGCAGGCCCCGUCUCCGGUCUCAUUGCCCAACCCCUGAUCGGUGUCCUGUCCGACUUGAGCACCUCACGCUGUCGGAGAAGGCAGUACAUCCUCUCUUCGACCCUUGUUCUGAGCCUUUCAACGCUAACGUUGGCGUUCAGUGGGCCGAUCAGCACGCUCCUUUGCGACAUACUCCACACCGGGCUCGCUGACUGGGACCCGCGCCGCAAGGAAGCCGUCAAGCAAAUCAACCAGGGCCUCGCCAUUCUCGCCUUCUGGAUUCUUGACCUGAGCAUCAAUGCUUUGCAGGCCAGUGCAAGGGCCCUCAUCCUCGAUGCGACGCCCAACAACAUGCACUCUCGCGCAAAUGCCUGGCACGGUCGCAUGACGCACGUUGGAAACGUCGUCGGAUACGCUGCAGGAUGGGCCGAUUUGGGCAGCAGCAGGGCUCUGGCUUGGCUCGGUGGGGAUCAAUUCCGCAAGUUUGCUGUCGUCAGCAUCAUAGGCGUCACCACAUGCGCAGUCAUCACCAGCGUCAGCAUCCAGGAGGCCUACUCCUUGCCAGGCGAUACCGUCUUGCCCUCGUCGGCAGCUUCCCAACACACAGCCAUGUCGCCAACCGAUGAUCACCCGCGUCAAGCUCGUCAACGAAGCCGCCCACCCUCACCGACAUUUUCCAAGCUGAUGGGGGAGGCUCUUGGUCACAUUUGGCACUCGAUUCGCAGGCUUCCUCGAGCUGUACGAAGGGUAUGCGUGGUGCAGCUAUUUGCGUUCAUGGGAUGGUUCCCCUUUCUGUUCUAUGCAACCGAAUGGCUCAUAGAGACGAGGCAAGCGGAACGAGAAGCAAACCACGCGAAGCUUGGUGGGGGCGACGUCACCGACAAGGAUAAAGAGAUGGGCAGUCUAGCUUUGCUCCUCUUUGCCAUUGUCUCGCUCGUAUCCGGUGCUGUCCUGCCCUUUCUCUCGCUGUCUAAUUCUGCAAAGGCCACACAGCAGCCGAUCCACCUUGAAGGACCAGAAAGACAGCCACUUGGCCGACAGUCCCGUGCCCAUCGACAGGUCAAUGGUGCUGGCGAAGCCCACGGCGAGGAAGGUGCAUUCUACGAUGGAGAUGACGACGGUGUCGGCGAGAGCCAAGACAAAGGCGUUCAGGCAUCAUUGUCAUCCUCGAAGAAGCCUGGCAAGCUAACACUUCGGACUAUGUGGACCCUCUCAUCGGUCCUCUUUGGCCUCCAGGCUGGCAUCGUCACCUUUUUCGUGGAGAAGUCGAGCCGCGCUGCCAUCGUCUUGAUUGCAUCGAUUGGCGUGCCAUGGGCGGUGGCAAGCUGGGUCCCGUUUGCUCUCGUCAUGGAGGCUGUGCGCGAGGCCGAAGAGGGUCUCUCGCCAUUCGAAUUCGAUGCCGAUUGGUUCGCGCCGCAACAGGUCAGGAGGCGACGAAAGAGGAGAAAGAUGGAUGACGAAAUACGACGGCGCAGUCGGACUUUUUCUGCAAGCCUUGACCAUGACAACGACGAAGAAGAGAGUGGAGAGAUUGGCGAGGAGGAGGCGAGGAGAAGGGUGGCAAGGGCGGUGUUGGACUGCGGGGAGCUCGUUCCCUCUUCUUCUUCACCGUCCGGACAGAGCAGGCGAAGGCUCUCGCGAACCUUGGCGGGCGAGUCUGGCUCACCUCGACGAGGACUGUCCGGUGUCGAGGGCUCGAACGGCGGAGGUGCAGCGGCCAUUCUCGAGGUCACCAACGUCGAAGACGAUUCCAACAACACCAGCAAUGCUAAUGGCGACUCGUUGGGAGGCACGGUGCUGGGCAUCCACAACUUGGCAGUCGUCCUGCCCCAGCUCGUCGUGGCUGUCGUGGCCGCCCUCAUCUUUCGCGCAACCUCAUCGGACGCUGUAGUCACAACACCUACUGGAAAAAGAGGGGAGGUGGGAGGAGCCGUCGUUUGGGUCAUUCGGUUCGGAGGCCUGCAGUCGCUCUUUGCGGCCAUCCUCACGCGCUUUGUGCCAUUGACAAGAACAGAGAGGGCUCUACGUGGCGACAAGAAUCUGUUGGGAAACGCCGAGCUCGACGAGGAUGAUGAAGUGAGCGAAGAUGAGACUGACUGAACGCUCUAUUUCAUGUUGAACUGUAACAUAAUUUCAAUGGGAUGUGAUCACACCUUCUUU